AUGAAUGAUGUUCAGACACAAGAGAGAGAAGCACUAGAACACAAAGCAGAAACUUUACCAUGGUUUGAAUGCUGGGAACGCAUGUCAUCCAAACGAUCAAGCUGUUGCAGCAACUGCAUACUUCGUCCAGCAUGCAGCACUCUAUCUGAGAUAACUUGCAAGAGAGCAAUGGCAGCAUACGAUGUCGUGCCGCUAUCUGCCAUGAAAAUUGGAGGAGAAACCUCAUAAAUGAUGAAUGUAACAUCUACUGGUGAUUGGGGCUCCUGAUAUAUUGGUCUUGUAAUGCUAUCUUUCCAACUCGCAAAAUAAAAUGGUAUACUGGCAAAAUAACUUGUAUCAUAACUAUUUGUUUUACCUGGGCUAAUGUGCAGUAAUGUUUUUAUUUGUUUCUUUUCAACACUGUUCAUGUAUAUGCUUUCUAACAAUGUAAUAUUUCAUAGUAUGCACAUUAAUUUGGCAAGUGUACAAGCCAGUAAAGUUGCAUUUAAGCUUGUGUACUGUGUUUAAUGCCUUGUGUAAUACAAAAUUGUUAAUUCUAUUGAAAUUGUAUAAUAUC